AUGACUGCUCGUGAUCAAAUGCGAGCUAUGCUCGAUCAAUUGAUGGGAUCUGAUAAUGGCACAGAGAGUCCAUUUUUAUUCAUUGUUACUAUCUGCCAUAUCUUACACUGGACGAUCUCACUCUCCCUACAAACUAAAUAUUGUGUAUCAAAGUCAAGUAUGUCAUUCGAAGAUCGUCGUGUAUGUCGGCCAUUUUUGUUAAACUGUUGUGCACAUGAGAUUCUGGCGGGAACGAGAGUUGAUUUAGGCGAAUGUCCAAAAGUACACGAAUACGCCUUGCGUGCGGAUUAUGAACGAGCAGCACUAACACGUAAUUUACAUUACGAACGCGACGCAUUAGAUGUGUUAACUCAAUUUGUUGCUGAUGCUGAUCGAAAAACUGAACAUGCAAAACGAAAACUUCGUGAAACACAAGAAGAACUCGGUGAAGAAGCUGCUCGAAAGAUGAACGCAAUUCAUGAAUUAGGCGAACAAAUCGGUACAAAGUUAGCUAGAGCAGAAGAACUAGGUGCUGAAGGGAAUGUUGAUGAAUCGAUGAAGUUAUUAGACGAAGUUGAACAACUACGAAAAGAAAAAGUCGAUUCGGAACAAGAAUUUCGAGCAACAAUGCCGGCGUCAACCUAUCAGCAACAGAAACUGCGUGUGUGUGAAGUGUGCUCAGCAUACUUAGGCAUCCAUGAUAAUGAUCGUCGUCUAGCUGAUCACUUCGGCGGUAAAUUACAUUUGGGUUUCAUUCAAAUACGUGAGAAACUGGCUGAUUUACAAAAACGUGUCAGCGACUAUAAUGAAAAACGUGAAUUGGAAAGAAAGUCACAUCGAAAUUCGCCAUCAGCUCCAUCAUCGUCUAGGAAUGAUCGUGAUGGAGAUGAUUAUUACAAACGAGAUAAGCGAACGGCGCACCGUAGUCGAAGCCGAAGUCGACCAAAGAAAGUCUCCAGUCGAGACAAAGACCGACGACGAUCCCGAUCACGCUCAGGAAAUCGCUCCUCAAAUUAUUCACGUAACCAUCGAUCAUCGCGUUCACGAUCACGCGAUAGACGUCGCCACAGACGAUCACGUUCGGGUUCAGCCCGUCGAUACCGUCGUUCGCGAACUCCAACAUCUUCAUCGCGUCGACACCAUCGCCAUCGACAUGAUUCUCGAUCACCUAUUCCACAUUCGAAAAGUAAUGGCAGCAGCCACGACACAAACCGUCAUGCCGAUUCUGCAAAUGCUCAUGUCGACGACGAUGAAGAAACAACACGAAUCCUCGAAAGCAUUCAGCGAAAGAAAGAAAAAUCUUCAAAAAUAGAGUUCGAUUUCGAAUUUCGUCUUACUUGCUACCUAAUUAUCUGGUUAUUUAUUGCUCUUCUCGCUAUUUUUCUUGCUUGGUAUCGAUACGGACACAGUAUUAUUCAACAGCUGUCUAAAACACCUGCCAACCUCGAAUCACACGGACGAUCACGUUCACAUAAUUCAUUGGAUAAACUUAUCCCAAAUACAACAACUACAGCAACAACAACCGCUACUAACGCCGUCGCUUCUUCGAAGAAAGUUGAUUAA